UCAUGCUGGCUGCCAGGUCCAGAGUGUCUCAUGGGUCACUGUAACGGCCUCCCGAAUUGCUGCUGUCUCCAUCGCCACACUCUGCCAUUGUGCCACUUUUCAGGUCCUCCUCACACACUGCUGUGUUCCAUUAUUUUGACAAGGGGUUUGCCUGGCAGAUUACGGGCCUCCAUAGCUGCUGCCAAGGCCCCUAAUCUGCCAUGGGCCCCUAUAGCGCCUCCUCAUGCUGCUGCCAGGUCCACAGUGUCUCAUGGUGUUCCCUGUACGGCCUCCCUAUUGCUGCUGUCUCCAUCGCCACACCUUCCCUCUGCCAUGUGCCACUUUCAGGUCUCCUCACACACUGCUGGUGUGUUCAAUUUUUUG